GGACCUGCACCACCACACUUGACGUCCCCCAAGCACCUUUUUUUCCUGCUCAUCCACAACCUACCAUCUCGUCUUUGCGGCUCAGUCGUGCACUUACACUGUUGACCUUGUCGACUUUCUUACCAGCACAAUCGAGGCAAUUGCUGUUUGAAAAUCCGUUCCUUUUCUAUGAAGGCAAGCGAGACAAUCUAAUCUUUUAUCCGACACAACUUUUAUAAUUGCAACUAAGGAAAAAUUCCCAAAUUCACACCAAAAGAUCAGCAUCUGGACGCGGCAGGGCGCGAUCAUCAACAACACCAUCAAUUUCAUUGCAGCAGCCACGUACUUCAGCCACACCAUCUAGCCUUGUUAUCAUCAAGUUCAACAAUGCGUCGUUAAUGCGCCCAGGCACAAUUUGCGUCUCUUUCAAGUCCAUUUCGAUUAAUUUCCUGUAGGAACUUCAAUCGCGUCCUUCGUCGUCGCUGUCUAAACCCAUGGCGUCCGAGAAAGGUCCCGUCGCGACGGAAGCCCCGCCCUUCUCCUCGGCUGCAUCUCAACCAACCAUCCCAUCCGAUCCCGUUUCCGUUGAGACUUUGACGGCUGAGGCCGCCCGCGCGACGCAGUCGCUGAAGAGGCAACGGGAAUCCUCACCACUCUCGCCGUCGUCAGCCCUCACAGCUGCACUCCAUCGAGAAUUAUCACCAUCGAAAGCAGCUAGGUUGAUCGGCGCGACAUCGAGAUUCUCUCCUACACCCAUGACUGGUGCUGCGGCCAUUGAAGACGAGCGGCGAAUAGAAGAAGAACACUACAGACUUGAAGUUUCUGGUGCCAGUGACAACCCUGCUUUCAAGGCUCAAUCUGCGCUGUUGUCCAUGAGUCGACCUCAGGAAGCUCCUCAGGAGACUCCUCAAGACGCGCCUAUAGAUGCGCAACAGGAUGUUCCUCAGGCUAUUUCCGAAGAAGUUGCUCAGGAAAUUCCUCACGACCUUUCGCAAGAUGCUCCCCAGGAAGAUGGUACACCACCUGCUCCUCAUCCCGUCUCCAUUCCUCUUCCCGACAACCAAGAUCCGGAACACAAGCCCGAAAACGUAAGCCCCCAGAGUGCGACUAGUUUAGGCAGCCUGGGGGGCGGGCCUGGUGCUCAAGUGACAACGAGUCCAGGACCCAUGGAGAUUGAUGGACGUAGCGAUCGGUCCGGCUUUGGAGCCCAACCGUCGGCUCCAAUGGAGGAUAAGGGCGUCGCCUCAUUAUCAUAUCCUGGUAUACUGCCACCAAAUGCCAACAUGCCGGCCCCUCCAAUUCGGGGUAUGAGUAUGCCAAUGACUGGCAACCAACAAUCGCCACGUUCACCGAACUCGAAGAAACACAAGUGUCCGUACUGCGAAACCGAAUUCACCCGCCACCACAAUCUGAAGAGUCAUCUUCUGACUCAUAGUCAAGAGAAACCAUACGUUUGCCAGACGUGCUCGAUGCGUUUCCGCCGUCUACACGAUCUUAAACGCCACACUAAGCUUCAUACCGGAGAGAAACCUCACGUGUGCCCGAAGUGCGAUCGAAAGUUUGCGCGUGGCGAUGCUUUGGCGCGACAUAGUAAGGGUCCUGGCGGUUGUGUAGGUCGGCGAAGUAGCUUAGGAAGCUUCCUUGGCGAGGAAGAAGUUGAAGGAUCAAGCCAUCUUGAUGGCGAUGAUUCUGCAAUGUCUGGUGUUAUUUACGACGGCGGUAACGAUGGCGAAUUAACAGAAGAGGAUAGGCGACGUCUAAGUUUACCCAGCAUAAAGGCCCAACAUGUCCAAGGAUCCACUGCAGGUCGACUGUACCCACCUAACAUGGAUCGUGGCUCUGGGAGCUCAAAUGCUUCCCAGACCCCCGGUACGAGUAUUUCGUCCCUUCCUGUGGGAACUGGCAAUCCAGCCAUGUACGCCCAAAACGCCAUGACUGAGAGCCCCAAGCCACUCAGCCCGUCUGGCAUACAGAGUCAUGAUUCUGCCAACAUUAACAGACAACGCUCGCCCAGCCUGACAGCUCAGUUUCAACAGCAACACUUCGGCCGUCACCAAUCAGAUCGACACACACCCCCAGUACCCGGAUUUGUUGCAGCCGAUGCUGUUCGAUACGCCGCUUCUGCUAGCGGUCUGCAAAGCGCUGCCCCCGCAUCGCAACCUGUGCCCGGGAGCUCAGGUCAAGCGGCAACCCCUGGUCCCGCAGUCGACCACCCGAGUGCGCCAGGUGAACAAAAUGGUGGAAGUGGCGAUAGCUCAAGCAAUAACAUAUUUGCAACCGACCAAGGCAUUUGGGCCUACAUUCACGGCCUCGAAGAGCAAGUCAGGCAGCUGAACGAACGAGUCCAAACUAUGGAAGCAGCGGGGAGGUCUCAGGAGGAAAAGAUUACGUAUCUUACCAACGAGGUGGCAACCCUUCAAAGCCAAGCCGAAGUGAAGACGGACGUAGCCGAUAAGCUCGGCUGAGAUGGUGCCCUGAAAUUUACACGAGGAAACAAGAACCAUGUCAUUACGAUUAGGAAAGCAUGAAUUGGCGAAGGACUUAUUAUGUAUGCAUGGCGCAUAUGAGGAACCUGAUGUUGCGGAUCUGAUUCUUAUCGGUUGUUGGCAUCAUCCACUACGACGGAAGGAGGCUCAUCCUGAUAUGGGUGGCGUUUGGGGAGUUUUCAAGUUGCCUACAAAAAGCUGGGGUAUUGUUUUGCGUCUAUUGACGAGUUCCCUUGAGGUCUUUCGUUUUGAUUCCAGUGAUAUCCCUAUGGGUUUUCGGACUUGGAGCCGGAUGGAACCUAGUACUUUACUUCCGUACUAUCACUCGCAAGUCCGUGUACUAUAUACAAACGCAGAUAGAUGCCUCGAGGCAGGGCACAAAAGGCAGAGCCAUCGCUAAAUUAAUGACAUUAACUGAUUGA